AUGAAGAAAGCAGUUUCAACACUGCAGGAUUUCUCAGAUCAUGACCUAGUGCACUUCCUCAUAAAACCUCAGAUAAUUGCCAGAACACUAGCAGGGGUUUUCUCUCUGACUAUCUUUGCCUCCUUAGUGACUGAAGGGUAUCAAAACCUGACAACCUCUUUCCACCUACGCUGUGUUUUGAAUGAUAAUGGAGCAGCCUGCUGCUAUGGCAUCACUGUGGGGGUACUCUCCUUCCUCCAGUGCAUCCUCUUUCUGGGCUUCGAUGUCUAUGAUGCUACAGUUAAUAGUCACAAGUUCAAGUAUGCCAUUCUUGUACUGGAUGUCACCUUCUCCAUUGUAUGGACAUGCCUGUGGUUUGUUGGGUUCUGUUUCCUAGCCAAUCAGUGGAACCGGUCAACUCACUCCUACCUGCUGGGAAGUAGUGCAGCACGAGCUAGUAUCACCUUUGCCCUCCUUUCCAUUCCAUGCUGGGUGUACCUAGCCUAUCUGGCUGUGAAAAACCUGUGGGCUGAGCCACCUAUUCCUUACAAGCGGACACUAGAUGAAGGAUCUGUUGCCUUAACCACCCUUUCUUCAUCCACCACCACCUCCCUUCCCAACAAUAUGGGGUAUCCUGAGAAUGUGGGUGCAGCCUCCUACUCAUCUACACCUAUACCUCAUCGGCUGACAUUAAUGAAUACUGAUGACUAG